CCCCGCAGCUCUGCCCGCGCCAUGGAUGACCUCCACCUGCACUACAGGUUCCUCAACUGGCGCCGGCGCAUCCGCGAGAUCCGCGAGGUCCGCGCCGGCCGCUUCCAGGAGCGCUCCAAGCACAUCCUGGUGGAUGGGGACACGCUCAGCUACCACGGGAGCUCUGGCGAGGUCGGCUGCUACGUGGCCCCACGGCCCCUCACCAGGGACAACAACUACUUCGAGGUGUCCAUCGUGGACAGCGGUGUGAGGGGCACCAUCGCCGUGGGGCUGGUGCCCCAGUUCUACAGCCUGGACCAUCAACCCGGCUGGCUGCCCGGCUCCGUGGCCUACCAUGGUGAUGAUGGCAAGCUCUACAGUGGCCGGGCCAAGGGCCGUCAGUUCGGCUCCAAGUGCAGCUCCGGCGACCGCGUUGGCUGCGGCAUCGAGCGCGUGUCCCUGGAGGUGCGCACGGCGCACGUGUUCUUCACCCGCAACGGCAAGAGGGUGGGCUCCACGGAGGUGCCGCUCUGCGCCGAGGGGCUCUUCCCGGCCGUGGGGAUGCAUUCCCUGGGGGAGGAGGUGCGGCUGCACCUGCGGGCAGCGCUGCGCCCCGCCGACGACUGCAUGUUGGUGGACAGUGGGGAGGAGGAGUGGGGCCGCCUGCACGACGUGCGAGCCUGCGGCACG